CACUAGUCAGCUGACAGCGAUGGUUUGGUUGGCUGAACUGUUCAAGAUGGGUCCGGAGAGUCUUGCCGCCAUUAUACAUCGGCUGAUCGUAAGGAUUUGGAAACAGGAAGAACUACCAGACGAGUAGUUCUCCCAGGAAACCCAGGAAACCCCAUUCACCCAGGAAACUCAUACACCCAGUACUCAAAAAGGGCGAAAUACUAAACUGUGCUAACUUCCGACCCAUCACAGUUCUGAAUGCUGCUUAUAAGAUUCUGUCCUCUACGCCCCACCUAUUCUUCGACUUCAAGGCUGCUUACGAUGUUUUAUAUAGAACCCAACUGUGGAACACCAUGCAGCAGUACGGAUUCCCAGGGAAGCUGGUACGCCUGUUGAGGACCACAAUGGACAGGGUGCAGUGCAAGGUGAGAGUGUCGAACAUGCUGUCGAAAUUGGUAACGGACUUUUCUGAUUGUACUGUUAUUAACAUCGCUCUAGAAGGUAUCAUGCGAAGCGCGGGCUACGACAUCCGAGGCACGAUUUUUAACCGUUCUUUUUAGUUUAUCGGCUUUGCGAAUGACAUCGACAUCAUCGGACGAACAUCUGCGGCGGUGUGCGAGGCAUACUCCCGACUGAAACGCGAGGCCGAAAGGAUUGGAUCAUUGGACGAUCAAUGCGACUAAGGCCAAGUAUCUGACCGUGACAGAGCCAGACUCGGAAGCAGAGUAUCAGUUGACGGCGACGAUGUCGAGGUGGUAGAGAAGUUCUUAACGAUCGUAACUUCGGACAACAACAUAAGUAGCGAAAUCUGAAGGCACAUUGUUCAGGGAAGUCGUGCCUACUGCGGGCCCCCCAAGCUUCUGCUAUCCGUUAUAAUGUACGAUAUAUCGCACACUGAUUUGUCGCCACUGAUUAACUUCCCACUUUUGAACGGCGGGUGCUAAGGACUAUUUAUAAGGGCAAGUUCCGAACCUUUACGAUUUUAUAAAGUUAAUCUCUAACUCCAUAGCCAUACGACCGCCAUUCUACAUGAAUAAAAAACAUGCGAAAUCUUAAACUCCAUCUCCAACUCUACUCGCUUUACGUUUGUUUACCAUCUCUCCUAGAUCUAUCAGAUCAUUCUAUUUGCAGCAAUAUACAGGCUCAUUAACAUAAAACAAGCGUAUUUUUGUGGUUCUUCCUUUCGCGCUCUAUUCACACACUGUAGACGAUUCGUUCGGCUAGACUAUAUGAACAUUAAUUUUAAUUAUCGUGUGAAUAACCGGUUUACGGAUGAUGCCAACAAACAAGGUAGCUGUUAGGCCUCUGAUUCAGUCACGAUUCAGCUAGCGGUAAAGUAACACAAUGGCUUCUGGUAGUAUGAAAACACAAUAUUCGGUAGAGAAGUGUCCGUCGAAGUAUGACCAGUACGAGUUUACCUUGUCUGAUCUGUACCGUAACAUUGCUAAAGAGGAGCUUCGGGAGGAUGAUGAGAUUCGGGAGCAGUCGUUAGUGCAAAUGCGUGAAUGGAUUGCCAAACAUCCGUAUAUUCGCAAGUGUCGUACGGAUGCAUCAUUUCUGCUGCGUUUCCUGCGCUUUAGGAAGUACUCAGUGCCGAUGGCUUGUGAAGCUCUAGAAAGAUACUUGGCCAUGCGUCAAACCUUCCCGCAGUGGUUUAAAAAUCUUGACUGUAAUGAAUCAGCUAUGCGAGAAAUGCUAAAAGAUGGUGUGUUUACAAGGCUUGGCGAAGAUUCGGACGGUCGAACGAUGAUUUUGUUUCGCUUUGUAAGAUUUAAUGUGGAAAAGUUUAGCGCGUUACAGGAGGGGCGAUUUACGGCGUUGCUUAUCGAGACGUUACUAGAGUGGGAAGAGCUACAGAUCGGUGGAUUUCGUGUGCUGAUCGACUUUACCGACACCGUGUUGAAGCAUUACGGCAUUUGGGGUAUAUCUGAUAUGAAGAUCUUCAUGGACGCGAUUAACCGAUCGUACCCUAUACGAUUCCGUGAAAUUCAUGGAGCCAAAUUUCCAAAGUUUGCUUUAUCGCUGCUCAACUUACUUUUGUCGUUCGCGAGCCCUAAACUCAAGGAUCGCAUUGUGUGUCACAACAACGUCGAGGAAUUGGCAAAACAAUGUGAAUCAUCAUUACGGCCGAACGAUUGGGGCGGUGAAUGUGAUCUAUUGGAGUUAAAUGAACGAUUUAUGAACCACCUGAAGGAUCGGCGUGAGGUUAUACUAGCUCUGGAUGAAAUGGACAUCGAUACGGCGCAUUAUACUUCACUCUGGAAGCAAACGUCAGCAUCCGAUAACGAAAUCGAUAGCGGAACGAUGGGAAGCUUUCGAAAGCUUAAUGUUGAUUAAGUCUGUAUUAAUCAAGGUAGAUUAAAUUAUAGUUUUUAUUCGUUCAAGGGUGCUUGCUUAAGGGUGUGUACACGCCAUACAUAAUUAUACUAUGAUUAUGACAGUUUCCGUUUCCAGUUUAAAAUAUAGGUUUAAGUGAAGUUUUAAUCAUGGUUUGCAAUAUCAGGUAGAAAUAUUUAAUCUUACUAGUGCGUACUAUCUGCGCUAUUGUUGGUUUAGUUAACAUGCUACUCUAAAAUGUGAAAAAAGGUAAGGAAUGAAUGGCGUACCACACUGAACACCACACUGAACGGCCACAUAACACGACCAUAAAAUAAAAAAAAAAAACACUCACACAUUUAAAGUUACAUCAUUGUAUUCUUUUGAUAAUAUUGGGAAAAUGUUAUGGGGUUUUAUGAAAAAAAACAACAUACUUUUUCUGGGUCAUAAUGCACCCAAAAUACUAAAGUUAAAUUUUAAUAAAUAAUUUACAAUCUUAAAUUAAUUUAAAUGAUUUUUUAUUUUAUCGAUAGGUAUUAGUUCUAAAAUUAAUUGACCAAGCUUGAAAAAUUGUUGGUUCUUGUCGAUGGAUUCGCAUAGUAUCACAUCUUUUUAAUAUAAUUAAAAAUCUUCUCUAUCCCUUCGUUUAAGUCACCAUAACAUGUAUCCUCUUUCACCUUUUGAAAUACAAAGUUGUUCAUGCAGUUGAUCCCUUUCCGCAUGUUAUCGUUAA